CCGGAAAUGAGCGUGCGGCGACGGAAGCAGCCGGCAGAAGUGGCCUCGUGGAGAAGACAGCGACAUGGGGCAGUCCGGGCGGUCCCGGCACCAGAAGCGCGCGCGCGCCCAGGCACACCUCCGCAACCUCGAGGCCUAUGCCGCGCAGCCACACUCGUUCGUGUUCGCUCGGGGCCGCGCUGGUCGCAGCGUCCGGCAGCUCAGUCUGGACUUGAGACGGGUCAUGGAGCCGCUCACCGCCACCCGCCUGCAGAUAAGAAAGAAAAAUUCUCUGAAAGAUUGCGUGGCAGUGGCCGGGCCCCUUGGGGUCACACACUUCCUGAUCUUGAGCAGAACAGAGACCAAUAUCUACUUUAAGCUGAUGCGACUCCCAGGAGGCCCCACCUUAACCUUCAGGAUCAACAAGUACACAUUGGUGCGUGAUGUAGUCUCCUCGCUACGCCGGCACCGCAUGCAUGAGCAGCAGUUUGCCCAUCCACCUCUCCUGGUGCUCAACAGCUUUGGUCCCCACGGCAUGCACGUGAAGCUCAUGGCCACCAUGUUCCAGAACCUGUUCCCCUCCAUCAAUGUGCACAAGGUGAACCUGAACACCAUCAAGCGCUGCCUUCUCAUCAACUACAACCCCGACUCCCAGGAGCUGGAUUUCCGCCAUUAUAGCAUCAAAGUUGUCCCUGUGGGUGCAAGUCGUGGGAUGAAGAAGCUUCUCCAAGAGAAGUUCCCCAACAUGAGUCGCUUGCAGGACAUCAGUGAGCUGCUGGCCACGGGCGCAGGGCUGUCUGAGAGUGAGGCAGAGCCAGAUGGCGAGCACAACAUCACAGAGCUGCCCCAGGCUGUGGCAGGGCGUGGCAACAUGCGGGCACAGCAGAGUGCAGUGAGGCUCACAGAGAUCGGGCCUCGGAUGACGCUGCAGCUCAUCAAGAUCCAGGAGGGUGUUGGAGAGGGGAACGUGCUGUUCCACAGUUUCGUGCACAAGACGGAGGAGGAGCUGCAGGCUAUCCUGGCAGCCAAGGAGGAGAAGCUGCGGCUCAAGGCCCAGAGGCAGGACCAGCAGGCCCAGAACAUCCAGCGCAAGCGGGAACAGCGAGAGGCCCAUAAAAAGAAGAGCCUGGCAGGCAUGAAACGGGCACGGGCAGAGGCCAACGGGGACAGCGAUGCCGAGGACCCUGGCGCCCCCCCAGAGGCAGAGGGAGCCAGCCUUCGAGAGGAAGAGGAGGAUGAGGCUGAGUAUUUCCGACAAGCUGUGGGCGAGGAGCCUGAUGAGGACAUGUUCCCGAAGGCAACCAAGUGGAGGCGGCCCACUGGGCCCCCAGGCAAGAAGCGGCGGGUAAAGGAACGGAAGCCGGACCGAGGCAGUGACCAGAGGCCUCCCAAGGCUAAGGGCAGACCCCCAGGGACCCAGGCCAAGAUGGGACCCAGGGGAGUUGCCAGGGACCGUGGACGAGGCCGAUCUUGGCCACCUAAAAGAGUAGCCUGAAGCCAAGCCCGAGUGAUAGAUGGAAUGCCCCAGAUUGGGGCCUGAGAGAUGCUGCCCUGGGCUCUGCUUGUGGUGGGCCUUCAGGUGCGGUCCUCAGUUUCCUUUCAUAAAGGAGAGCUGUUUCCCUAACUACCCCUCUAAUAAACCGAUUUCUCGUGAGUCUGCA